CACAUCAUCCCUUACUGGAGAACCUACUUGUCCUCUCCAGGACGCUGAAUGGCAUCUGGCUGCCUGACAUCCGCAGUAAGGUUCAUGCUGACUUCACCAAGGCCUACGACCUGCAGGAAGGGGAGAGGCUAUGUGUUCUUGGUUUGAACCCAUCACACUCUGACCCCAACGACCCAGCUGUUGGCAAGACGCCUGUAGAGAAGAUGCAGAGUUUCCUCACCGGUGUGCAUGACAACUGCUACCAUGUCCUGGGCAACUGUGGAGCCAGCCUGGGCAGGGAGUUCUAUGGCAUCCCUCAGCUGGCUAACCUGUGCCUGGCCUCUGUCAUGACCAGUCUAGACCACAUCCCUGACUACAGACUCAGGCCCAUCAUCCGUGUGUUUAUGAAGCCGUUUGUACAGAACUGUCCCAGCGACUUCUACAGCAGUCUUCUUGUUCCCAUGCUGUCAGCUCUUUCCCAGUACAUGUUGCAGAGGUUGAAUACAAGAUGGGAAGUCAUCAGUAACAGACAAGCUGAGACAGAUGGUGCUGGUGAGGAGGUGACUCAGGAGGUGGUGGACGACCAGCUCACCAGGCUUCUCACCAGGGAGUACAUCGACCUGCUAGCGGCGACUUUCACUACAAAACGGGCCCCCGACACAAGCAACUCCCAAGAUGGCAUGCAAGAGCCCUCGGAAAAUGCGCAGACCUUCCACCAACAAGAAAUCAGUGCCCUGGGGAAAUGCCUGUUACAGCAUGAGUCGGUGGCGACCGCUGUCCUGAUCUGCCUGCACUCAGCAUUGUGGUGGAACGACACGACUAGCUGUCACCGCGCCGGCAGCUUUGUAUGGCUGAUGCUCAAACAGGUGCUGGAGAGGGGUGUGCAGCCUGAAGUGAUCAAUCACCUGUUUGUUUGCAUCCUGCGUGGCCUGCACCAACACGGGCAACAUGAGAGUUGUCAGGCUACUUUGGUGGGGCUGGGGUUUCAGUUCUAUGAGACAUUGAGACCCACCAACCCCCAGUUGUCUGCCGUGCUGGUACAAGUGCCCAACUGUACAGCCGCAGCAGUGGAGAACUUCGACAACAAAGUGGCCCUGAACCCUGCACCUGCCAAACCUGUGCCAGACAAGAGGAAAAAAGAAAUGUUUAAAAAGCUGGUCUCGGGAGCAAUUGGGAAACAUGUUGGGCAGCAAUUCAAGAAAGAUGUCAACAUUCCCAACCUACCCCCCCUGUUCAAGCCCCCCAAGCCCAGCAAACCCUCCCUGGACCAGUCGGAAACCAAGGAUCUGGGCCUCACUAGUCUUUUUGAUCCAAAUAAGGACAAAGUAUGACAAGACAUCUUCUGUUUAUUUUGUAAAUACUUGCAGCCUAAGAGACCAUAAGAAUGAUUGUUGUAAUAAAAUGCUUCUCUGCCUCCUUUUUGGUUACCUAAGUGGAAACAAUGUUAUGUUUGAACUAAUGAAUUUAUACUCGCAAAUGAUUGUAUGCAAGAGCAUGUGAGGAUGAAAUGUGUUUUGGCUCCAGCCUUUGUUGGCUGUUGCAAUUGGUUAGAGGAGGCAGUUAUGAUGGCCAUGUUAGUCUGUUGUCUGAGAAUGAAGAAGAAUGGACUGAAGAUUCUGAAGCAAUUACAAUCCUCAAAGGCUACACAUACUGAAUAUUAACUUGUGAACUGAAUACAAGAGUGAAGACAACUCUUUUGCCAUGAGUGCACAUUUUUUUACAGUACAGGACUGAUUUAUUUUCUGAUCUUUCAGAGUUAAACUUUGAUGAGGCAAGUGCUUGAUUUUUGGCAUUUUUAUUUCCAGCGUUUUUUUUUUACCAAUCAUCCUCUGUCCAGAUUUUCUUUAUCAAUAAAACCAAGUUUGUGUAGCCUAAGUAGCUUUAUAGGUGCAACUUUGCUUGUGUACAUGUUUGUUUUGUGUCAGCCCAAAUUUAUAGAACAUUCAGGUAUAACCUGAAUGUCUAUGGUUUAAAUAUUUUUUUAUGAUGAUAUUGAUAUGCAUGAUUUAUCCUGUGUUUUUCAACAACAGUUCUAAGGAUUGAAUGAUAAUUUGUCAGUAUCAUAUUCCAGUGUGAAACAAGCCUGGUGUGUACAAAUGUAGAAUCCUUAAAACUAUAUGGUAGCAGAUGCAGUCUUGUAUAUCUUGAUUGCAAAUCAAUGCAUUCCUUAUGCAGGUAUGCCUACCACAUUUGUAUCAAAUGAGCACACCCUAAAACAUCCACUUUGAAGCAAGCUUUUUUUCCAUUUUUGCUUCGACUUUCCAGUGGAUGUCAGUGCAAUGGCAGUAAUGUAUGUGCGUACUAAAACUUCGGUUUGGUGCCAUAACCAAUAGAAUGCAUUGAUGUGGCCUGAAAUUAAGUUAGAUUUAUUUCUAUAAUAGUUACUGCUUUACUUAUGGACUCCUGAACCUAAGAAAGCCGUUUUUGUCCUGUAAAUGUCCACAGGCAAGAUGCUAGUACAUGUACUUAAUACCUUAUAUCAGUAAGUAGGUAUAGAUAGGGAGUUAUUGAGUUACUUCUCAGUGGAAGUGAAGUUCUGGAUACUGAUGUUGUCUUUGAUAAGGCUACAUCACACAUUUCUCAUGGAUAGGCUAAUGAACUUGCUGAAUUGUUAAUCCAACAAAAAAAUACAAGAACUCAUGACAAAUAUUAUCAGUUAUUUUGUGCAAAUGCAUUUACCUGUUCUCUAACUCUAGACUAAGAUAUGAAAAUGUUACAAUGGAGUUCCAGAGAAAAAGAACGCAAUCCUUUUUUUUUAUUAUUUUCUGCCAUUAUUAAUGUUUCUAUUCUAAGACUUUAGUAAGAGUUAUCAAUUCUUAGCAACAGGCAGGUACAUUUGGUGUUUUUGUACUACCGGUACAUAUGAAAUUGGAAAACUUUAGCAAGUGUUCUGAUACUUUUCUUCACAAGGAUGGAGUCAUGCAGCUUUGUGGUUCUCAAAGGAAUUUGUGUAGGAGUUGACUUGACUGUUGUGACUUAGCUGUUGUGACAAUUUAUUGAAACAGAUGCAGUUCCCUUCAAUGUUGCAAGGGGGCUCUGUGCAAUUCUGACACAAGGACUCAGAGAAAUAAGCCAGCACUGGGAGCAAAAUCUGGAGCAAGUUUUUGGUUAGUCUUGAUCUAGAAUUUGUAAUUAAAUGCAAGAAUAAGAGGACACGUUUUUGCACUGGGCAGAACACAUUUUCAUGAACGAAAUACCUAAUUGGCAUGUUAGAAUUUCUCAUAUGCUAAUGUAGCUUAAGAGUAGCUAGAUGUGGAUUAUAUAAUAAGAGAUAUGUGAAUAAAGACUACAACUUGCCAGAAAAUAAACAAGUCAAUGCACUUCUUUUACUGGUUAUUACCUUCGCCAAGGUUUUCAUGUGCUUGAGUGUACAUGUGUGUGUGAACAGCAUACUAGUACUAGAAGUGGUGGAUGGAUCGUUAUCUUUAUGAGAACUGGAAAUGAUUACUUGAUUUUGUUCCGCUGCUAGAUGUUUUCCUAUACUGCAAUUGGUAGAUGCCACUCGGGGUUUUCCUGCAAUUAUGAUUCGUAGCACUAUUUUUGGAAUGUGAUAUAGCUACAUAGGAUGAACUUGUUGGUCUAAGUAAUCAGGGUUUGAAAUAUA